AUGCCUCGACCCAUCAACGAUAGCGACCGGUCCCUUGUCGUUCAGCAGGUUCGCGUGGUAGUGCAUACCAUGGGCUACUUCUUUGACGGCGAUACACGGAGCGGCAACCACGCCUCCAUCUUCCUCGUCACUGGAAGCGAGCAAUCCAUCCGCCUGAACAUAAUCAAAGACGGUCCUACGGAUACCAUGGGAACUCUCCAGAUCCAAGUAUGUGAGUACGUGAACUCGACCAGCGCGCUACGGAAAUGGGACUUUCCCGCUCCUCCUAGUCGGACUGUGGGCCAAUUCCUUGACCUACUCGUCUCAAAGGGUCGCCACAGGUAUCAGUUGGCCCGCAGUGGUGUGGGGUGUCGCUUUUGGGUGUCAACAAUGAUCGAGGACUACGAGAGCGCCAGGUACCUCGUAUCAACUGUGACUAUGAACGCCGUAUCACUGAAAAACGCCCUCCAAUACAACUACACCAGGGACCAAGGCCCUGAGUACGAGCCUAUGGUCCCAGGAACAUUUGUCUAG